AUGCCGUUGAUGCUUGGCCGCCGCCGCCUCGCCGCCGCCUCUCUGCCUCUCUGCCUCGCCCGCCACCCUCGAGCUCCCUUUGUCGCCCGCCAGCGUCAGCCUGCCCACCGCGCCGCUGCCUCCUCGGCCCAUCCACCCCAUUCUGACAACCGCCUUUUUUUCUGCUCCAAGCGUCCACCACAAGGCCCCGCCCGCCCUGCGUCCACGAUCCUGGCCUGGUGCCAUGGCACCAACGCCUCUGCAUCGCCGCUCCACGAUGACGUUGGCUGCGGCCAUGCCCGGAUGCCACAAACCCCUCGGGACUCAUGA